GAAUACUUUUUAGUGGUGUACAAGUUGGUCUUAUAGGCUGGAUGUGGAUCUAAUAAACGUGACUGUCUGUUGUCAGUGAGAAUCAACUGUAUGGAGAUAAAAGGGAGAACGAUUAUUUUCUGAAGCAUGGAGUUACCACCUGACCUGGAAACUGUCUACCAGGCCGUGUAUUCUUUGUAUAAUAAUUCGAAUCCUUCGGGACCAGGAAAAACAUCUCAAUGGUUGGACGAAUUACAAAAAUCGGUUUUCGCAUGGAAAAUAGCAAACGAGAUGUUGCAGCAAAAACGAGAUGUUCAGUCUUGUUAUUUUGCUGCACAAACAAUGCGCACUAAGAUACAGCUAUGUUUUCAAGAGUUACCCACAGAAGCUCAUGUUUCUUUAAGAGAUUCUUUAAUGAAUCACAUAUCACAAACUAAUGAAAAUACCAAUUCUGCUAUUGUUACACAGUUAUGUUUAGCACUGGCAGAUCUUGCGCUGCAAAUGUCUUCAUGGGAAAAACCAGUUGUAGACUUAAUUAAUAAAUUUGGUGGAUCUACUAGUAGUUUAUGGCCAUUAUUGGAAGUUAUGACAGUAUUACCAGAAGAAAUAAAUUCACGAUCUCUUAGACUAGGAGCCAAUCGCAGAUAUCACAUAUUACUUGAGCUCAGUGCAAGUGCAGACACAGUAACAGAAUUUUUGAAAAUGUGUCUAAAAAAUGGCGGAGAAAAUGUACAAAUUCAUGUUACAAUUCUUAGAUGUUUUACAAGUUGGAUCGCAGUACAUGCUAUACCUCUUGUACCUACAAGUGAUGUCAUUGUAUAUACUCUUCAAAUUCUUGGAAACCACAUGACUGGAUCUCAGUUACAUGAAGCAGCUGCAGAUUGCAUAUGUGUAAUUCUACAGGUUUUAGAAGAAUAUAGUAAUCGCAAUGGUGAUAAUAGUAGUGAAUCAAAUAUACAGUUACAACAGCUGCAGUUAUGGCUUUUUACUAGUGUAAUAGCUUUGGAACAACCUUACCAUUUGUCUGUUGCACAUGAAGACAUGGACAAAUCGAUAAAUUAUUGUCGGAUAUUUACGGAAUUAGCCGAAACAUUUUUGGAAACCAUUAUAAAUGGUUGCGUUGGAGGAAAACAACAUUAUGCAAUUAAAAUCUUAGAUCUCGUCUUAGUAUGCGUUGGACAUCACGAUUAUGAGGUGGCGCAAAUAACUUUUAAUCUGUGGUAUCGUUUAUCUGAAAUUCUUUAUCAAAGAAACAGCGAUGACCUUAAUGCCGUAUUUCGACCUCAUAUUGAAAGAUUAAUUGGAGCCCUCUGUAGGCACUGUCAAAUGGAACCAGACCAUUUGGGCCUAGUAGAGGAGGGUGCUGGCGGAGAAGAAUUUGCAGAUUUUCGAAAUCGUGUCUCGGAGUUAAUCAAGGAUGUUGUGUUCGUAGUUGGAAGUAGUCACUGCUUUCGCCAAAUGUUUUCUUCCUUAACGGGUGGUCCAGGCCCACAAGGACAAUCUAAUCAUGUAUCCACGUGGGAUUCGACUGAAGCAGCACUGUUUGUGAUGCAAGCUGUUGCAAAAAAUAUUUUACCAAAAGAAAAUGAAGUAGUUCCAAAAGUAGUAGAAGCUAUCUUAAAUUUACCCGAGAAUACACACAUAGCUGUACGCCAUACAAGUAUUCUUUUAUUAGGAGAACUUUGUGAAUGGAUAGAUAGUCAUCCACAGUCUUUAGAACCCGUUUUAAAUUUUCUCCUGACUUGCUUAAGUCAGAAAGGUUUAGGGAGUGCGGCCUGUGCUGCAUUAUUAAGUAUAUGUACAGCUUGUCCUGUGCACAUGGCUUCGCAUUUCCCAGGAUUGUUGCAAAUUGCGCGUUCUAUUGACAGUUUCGCUAUCAGCAAUGAUGCAGCUAUUGGUUUACUUAAGGGAGUAGCAAUAAUCAUGUCUAGCUUACCGCGCGAUGAAAUUACCCAAGCAAUGAAGGAAUUAUGUUGGUUUCAAGCUAGGCCUUUAUGUGAAAUUAUGGAACGUAGAAUUCCAAUCGAAACAGGAACAAAAACUGAUCCUGUGAUAUGGCUAGAUAGAUUAGCUGCUAUAUUUAGACAUACUGACCCUCGAAUUGAGGACCCUAAUGAACCUCAUCCUUGUCAGAACGCCGUUACUGAAAUGUGGCCGGUAUUGUCAAAUGUAUGCACAACAUAUCAGCAUGAUGCAAAAUUGAUGGAAAGAUGCUGUCGUUGCUUGAGAUUCGCUGUCCGUUGCGUAGGAAAACAUUCCGCCCAUCUACUUGAGCCACUUGUAAAACAGAUUGUGCAAUUAUAUGCAGCACAUCAACACAGCUGUUUUUUAUACCUUGGUUCAAUAUUAGUAGACGAAUAUGCCAUCGAUUCAGAAUGUGUUCCUGGUUUGUUAGCAAUGGUGGAAGCAUUUAUUGGGCCUACCUUUAAUCUUCUCCAACAACAGGAUGGAUUGAAAAAUCAUCCAGAUACAGUGGAUGAUCUUUUUAGAUUAUGCGCCAGGUUUCUACAAAGAGCACCUAUACCUUUCUUACACUCGGCUAUAAUAGGAAGUAUAAUUGACUGUGCCUUAAUGGCCUGUAGCCUAGACCAUAGAGAUGCAAAUGUUUCAGUGAUGAAAUUCUUUCACGAGCUCCUACAUUGCGGUCGUAAUCACGAGAACCGAACGGAUUUUACAAUACGACAAGAAUUGGUACAACGUAUAUUAAGAGAGAAAGGACAAACUUUAGUCAUGAGACUACUCCAUGCAUCCGUGUUCUCACUUUCAUCUUACAUGUUGUCUGACGUGGCCGACGUUCUAGUUGAACUAUCCUUAUCGAAUAGAGAAUUGAUGUCCAAGUGGUUAGAAGAAGCCAUCAAAACGUUGCCAUCGCAAAAUGCAGGUGGUUCUCCUACAGCUCAACCUGAACAGUUAUUUGAGUUUCAUAACACGGUUACAAGGGAAGACACAGCGAAACCCGUGAAUCUGGCCUUACGAAAAUUUGCACGUUUAUAUCGUUGAUGUACUUCAGCGUAAAACAAAGAUGCCAGGAAUAUCCAAAUUAAAAAC